AUGUUAAAUUUUUGUUUAGGUUAUAAUCCUGAUUUUUAUUAUGAAAUACAAGCACCCGAAACAUUUGUUUCGAAAUAUUAUAAUUAUAAAAGUCCAACACAAUGUUUUCUAACAACAUUAUUAGUGGUACCUGCUAGUACACAGAUAUCACCAUCGGUUGGUUCAUAUGGAUAUUCUUCUUACAAUGGAGAUGGCAGUAGGGUGAUUGGUAAUAUUAAUUUCGCUCUGCCACCUGGUGACACUACUCUAAGUUAUACAGCCUUAUUUAAUAGCUCGAGUCAAACCUAUCAAGUCGGUACUUUUAAUUGUCAAUAUACUCUACCAACAGUAUUAAGACAAUCACUUUCAUAUGUUUAUGGAGGUAGUCAAACGAUUUAUCAGAUAUUCGUCAAGUUGAGUGUUCCCAAAGAUGCAAUAAUUCAAUUUUUCAACUAUAGUUGUAUGUUUCAAAGUUAUCGAUGUCUAAUCUCCCCUCAUUCCACUUUACCAGGAAAUAAUUGGUUUACUGUGAUCAUUUACUUGAAUAAUGAUGAUAUUUCAAAAGCAGAUAAUCUCGAUAUCAACAUUAUAACAUCGGGCAACCCAACCCCAAUUUUAAUGAAAUUUAAUCUUCCUUUCUAUAACAAUACAAGAACAACUCAAAUUCAAUCGAUAUCAAAAGGUGAAACAAUCACACGUUUCACACGUUACAAUACCAUUUUGAGAAUAGACAAUUUAAAUUCUCUAAUCUACAAAACUCCUAUUGAUAUAGCAAUCAAUCGUAUCGAUAUGUUUACAACAACUUUUGUUCCAAGUAUGCUCUCGGGUGCAGCAAUAACGAACCAAAAGGAUAAUGAUUUAAUUCUUUAUAUACUAAAUGUCCAGUUCUCUACCAAUUUGCUUCCUAUUAAUCCUGUUGUAUCCUUUAAUUAUGACAGGCAGGUAGAGUUUCCGUUUGGAUUCACAAGUGCUUCCUAUCCAGAUCCAUCAUUAAAAUACCUCUUUAAUAUGGAUACAAUGACCAUAUAUAAUAUAAUUGUCUCUGGUACAUACCUUGAUGUGAGUUAUACGAUUCAAUAUGGUGACAAUAGUACAUAUCUUUCAACCAGAUACCAAGGUUGGGGUACAUUAUAUCCAAGUUAUACUUAUCCUUAUAAUUAUAUAACUUCAUAUCGAAUCGAACCACUAAAUAGUAGAAAGUUCAUCGUAACACUGGAUUUUACAUCUUCCAAUGAUGCUGGUCUAAAGACAAUAAAUAUCUAUAAUCAGCGAAUAGAUAAUUCAAAUUUGAUUAAAGGAAAUCUCAAUGUUGGAACAGUUGAAGCUUUAAUAGAUAUACCUACUUUCCGUAUGGAAAAGGGAUAUAGUCAAUCUUCAUAUGGUCAAAUGUUGACAACCUUGGCUUUCGAUACCGAAUUUAUAAAUGUGCAGGCUGAUUCCAUUCCUGCUGUCCCUUCAUUCCUCAAAAUAGUUACCGUAGAAGAGUUGACAUAUUGGAGAUUUGAACCAAACAAUAUUGACGUUUCGAAUGGACCUGGAUAUACUACACUGGUUUAUAAUUAUUCAAAUUCUCAACCAACCGAUACUCCAUCUAUUCUUAUCUCGCUGAGACCUUAUUUACCUGUUAUCCAAGAAUACGAUGACAACAAUUUAUUCUUUGGAUAUUACAAUGAAACUACCAAGCUAUUCAACAUCCCAAUCGUCCUAAGAGAGAAACUUUUCACAAGAUCACUCUAUUAUAAUUUGACAUCAGCACCAAAUCCAAUUGCAUCAACAAUGAUCCAUAUGAAGUUUGGAAAUGAUGCUCUUUUAAAUGUCACCUCAAAAUAUGCUGAUGAAAUGGGACCUGUAAUUAAUAAUAUCAUUCAAUAUCCAAAUGGUGUGGUGAAUAUUGAUAGUUCGGAAACAAUGAAUAUUGGAUGGAGUUUUACAAUCACUGACGAACCAAGUGGAUUUUACAUUGGAUAUGCUUUAGUUUACUCAGACUUGGAUCCAAUUCCGUAUAAUAUCAGUUUCAACUCUUCCAAUGCCAUUAAAGGAAAUGAAUUCAAAGGAGAAUAUUCCAUCACGAUCCCAAUCAAUGGAAAUUGUCGAACAUCAACCUAUCGAAUCCAUUUCAUGCUUUAUGAUAAGCUUGGAAAUCUUGCCAACUCUGUCCCAGUAGAAUCGAAAGUAAACUACAUCAAUCCACUCUACAAAUUCUACGGAAAUGCAUCAACCGAAUCAUUACUCUAUAUUUUAGUAAAUUGUUCCAUGAUAGUAGAUCUCGAUCCACCAAAAUUAAUAUCUUUAUCUGUCAUUACCACAGCUAUUGAUGUUUCUUCAAGCGAUAGAAGAUUCUCUGCCAAAUUCACAGUUAAAGAUAGUUUUUCUGGAAUUUCAAAGGAUCCAAAGGAUUAUCCUUAUGUUUAUUUCAUGGACUAUUAUGCCGAUGUCAGAAAGAUACAAUCACAAUUGAUUGCAUUCUCCGAAGAUGGAUUGUCUGCUACUUUCAAAGUUGAAGGUGAGUUACCCUAUGGAUUUGGUAUGAAAGGAAUACUGCUUCUAUCUAUCUAUGGUAUAGUUGAUAAUCAUAGAAAUCUUGGUGGAGUUUCUUCAACUCAGUUGAAAGACCAAUUGCUUACAUACUAUAUCCGUACUGUAUUUUCAUUUACACCAUACUUGGAGUCGUCCGAUCGAAUAACCGGAAAUGGUGGAAAUAUAUAUGUCUAUGGUAAAAAUAUGGGACUGCAAAACGACACGGUUGUUUGUUUUGUAAACUAUGGUGUUGGAUACGUUCCAACUAAAUUUAUUUAUCGAUCAUCAAGUGUUUUCCAAAUUAAUUUGCAAAACGUUACAUCAAAAUCUAUUACUAUCCACAUCAACUUGAAUCAACAAAAAGAUUCAAAUCAACUAGUAGUUAAUGUUGGUGAGGCACCAGUGGAACCAAAUAUACCAGUUCUCAGUUGCCCAGGUACACCACAGUGUUCGAAUAAUGGAGUCUGUCAGACUUCAACAGGAGAGUGCAAAUGUAAUUCACUUUGGAGUGGUCCAGAUUGUAAUUCCAGAAUCACAAUGGUUCCACCACCAAUCACACAACCCGAUCAACCAUCAGCCACCAAUGUCAUUGAUACCAAAGAUAUUUUCAGCAAUAUUUCAAUUCAUUCAUUGAGAGAAUUGUCAGAAACCGGUCAAGUCAUCAAGACAUAUUUACUUCAGAAUUGGACACGAACCAAUUCAUCAGAUGACACCAGAUUAUCUUAUCGAUAUACAAAUGAGAUUCCAUUGGUUACCAAUGUAUCGGUUAACAUUGAAUACUUUACAAAAGAAACAGAAAUCACAUUUGCAAACAAAGAAUUGAUCAUGCUUCCAUCAACCAUUAAAUAUACAAUCAAUCUUUCAACAUUCAACUUUACAAGCAAACUCAAUACAUUACAAUUGGUUAUGUCAGCAACCAUUGGAACAAGUUCAUCAUCAUGUUCAUUGAAAUCAUUCAACAAUGACACCAAAAACAUUCAAUGGAUAAAGUUGAAUAUCGAUCAACAAUCACUUUAUGGAAAGUUCCUUGAUGUUGCAGAGAUCGAUGGAUUCACAACUGUCAUUUCAAACACAUUAUUGGAUUCCGAAUUCGAAACGAAAGACACAUCAUCACAACUCCAAACUUAUAUUGGAAUCAAUAUUCCCAACUACGAGUACACAACCAUUAUAGAUCCAGACUUUUCGAUGCUCAUUGAUUCAGAUCCACUUCAAUCAUCACAAUGUAACGAACACUCUGACAAUGGUGGAUUAAACAAAGCAAUAAUCAUUGGAAUUGUUGUUGGUUGUGUUGCGUUUUGUAUCAUAGUUGUUGCACUCAUUGUCAUCAUUCCAAAAUUGAACCUUUAUAAAGGUUCGACAAUUCAAGAUACUUCAUUCUAUAAUAAUAUAAACAAUACUCUUAUUCCAAAAUAUAAUUCCUUAAGAAAUGUUGAUAAUUGCUCUACAAGUGUAGCUAUAGUCGUUCCAAAAGAUUCCUUUUUCAAUUCUAGUUCCCUUUUGUCACAAUCUAGACCAACCUAUAUUUUUAACGAAACAUCAACUAUCUUUUAUCUAUAUAUAAAUGUUGAAGUUAGCCAAACAUACAUAACUUUAACACAGAAAAUAGCCGGCAAUUUUAUUCAAGAUAUUAAUAUUGGACCCCUACAAUGUUUGCCAUACGUUCAACGUGAAAUAAUUUCGCAAUCACAGAUUUAUCCAACAACAGCAACACUUCAAUUUCAACAAUUUAUCAAAUUAAAUGUUCAAAACGACACUGUAGUUCUUGAUUCAAGUUAUCGAUGUUCUGUUGUCUACUCUGAAUUGACAUCAUGUGUAAUUCAAGUAUUUGACUGGAUGCCUACUGGUUGGUUAAGUAUAACCUAUCGAUUUGAAAAUCAAUAUACGCUUCUAGGAAAUUAUUCAAUUAACAUAACUUCAAGCAACGGUGAAGUGAUCAGUCAACCUAGAAUUCAAUUACAAUUACCAUUUACAUCUAAUAUCAGAACUACCGAUAUUCAAUAUGUUUCAAUCGGAAUAACAGAAUCAAAGACACAAAUCUUUAGUUUGAUUGCUCAGAUAGCCAAUUUGAAUUCGAUUGUAUGCAACAGAGGAUCUGUACAAGUAAUUUUGACCCCUGUGAAAGGAAGCCCUGCCAAUGGUCUUUAUAAUAUCUUCACUAAACCCGAAAGUGUACAAUAUGGAGACUAUUAUCUAAACAUCCAAGAUUCAAGUUUUAGUUCGAAAUUUUUAUUCUCUUGGAAAACACUUUCAACAUCAGGAAGCAAUAUGACAUCUUUGACCUCCAAAGAUAUUGCAAAUGAUAUCUACCGUUUUACUUUCUCACUCAUCCUCAGUAACAUUUCCAUGAGUCCUUUUCAGAUAGACUAUUUUUAUGUAACAAAUCCUCUACAAUUCAAUUCAUAUUCAUUUCCGUUUGGAUAUAGAUCUUUAAAUAACCAGUAUUCAUUCACUUUGGAAUCAAUGGUCGAUAAAUAUUAUACCAGAGCAUUGAGUAGUAAUAUUACAUCUCUGAAUUUAUAUACUACCUAUAACACAUUUAGAUCUUUCAAUAAAUUUGAUUUCGAACGUUGGGACAAUAAUACUAAUAAUACUGGUAAGUUUGAUAACUUUUUAUACACAUAUUUCAGACAUCACAAUGAUUCCUUUGGUUAA